UUCUAAGCAUUGCAUUUUAAAAAAGCGUAUGGAAAGUUUCACUGCUCUCUAGAUUUUUUCAGCACUUUUAUAUGUAAGAUUUUGCUUCCUGUGUAUUUCAAUAGCAAAAAUGGUCUUUUUCUGCCAGGGACUAUCAUUUUUUCCGUCAGCGUUGGUUAUCUGGACAUCAGCAGCCUUUCUUUUACCAUAUAUCACUGCAACAGUUCGUGGAGAUGUUGAUACAUUUGUUCCUUAUAUAAGUGACACAGGGGUCAACCCCCCAGAAAGAGGUGUAUUUGGAAUAAUGUUGGAUAUAGCAUCCCUUUUAGGUAUUUUUACAAUGUAUAUUCGAUAUAAACAUGUUGAUGCUCUUAAUCACAAUUACAGUAGUUGUAUUUCCUUACCAAACAAAAUUGGACUAGUUAUUGGACUUUUGAGCUGCUUUGGACUUUGUGUGGUGGCUAACUUUCAGAAAACUCUCUUCCCAGAUCUGCACAAAGUUGGAGCUGCACUGACUUUUGGGUUUGGCACCAUAUAUAUUCUGUUUCAAAUCAUCAUCACAAAUAAAAUGCAACAGGAAUUAGAAGGCAAGGGAGUAUUUUGGUUUCGACUUGUUGUGUUGAUCUGGAGUGGCUUGAGUAUUGUAAGCAUGAUUAUAUCCUAUGGAAUCUUACACAAUGUUGAUCAUGACAGGGACAUAGCCCAAGAAUUACACUGGAUGCCAGAAAAUAAGGGCUACAUACCUCAUAUCAUCUGCACAAUAUCCGAAUGGGUUUUGGCAUUUUCAUUCCUAAGUUUUUUCCUAACAUACAUUAGGGAUUUUCAGAAUAUUUUAAUUCAUGUAGAUGUUACAUUACCAGGUGAUGAAAGUGAUGAAGAAAGGAAUAUUGUCCACAGUGAUAUAUAAAGUGUAUAUCUAAAGUGGUUCCAGGAAUAAAAAUAAUAAAUUACUCUCUAUUUUUUA